AUGUCUACUUUCUACGUUUGUGAGAAAACAGGUGUCGAUGGUCCAUCCCAUGAUGGUUCCAAAGAAAAGCCAUUCCAAACUGCUGCAUACGCUGCUUACACCAAAGAAGAUGCUAAAAUUUUCAUCUACACUGAAACUGAAGAAAUCAAAGACUUUGUCGAAAUCUCUGCCUCCGCCAUGAAGAAGGCCAAGAAAGGUGCCAUGGGUCUCAAGAAAAAGGCUGAAAAACAAAAGCUCUUAGAAGAACAAAAGAAAAAGAAGGAAUUGGAUGAUUUGGCUAAACAAACUGCUGCCAUGAACAUCAAGAUCAACAAGGAUGAAUCUCUUCCAGCCGCACAAAGAACCAAGUUGGCUAAGGUUAUCAACUUCAUCGGCAAGAGAGUCCUUGUUCACGGUUGGAUUCACAGAUUGAGACUCCAAAAGGGUAAAGCUUUUAUUGUUUUGAGAGAUGGUACCGAAUACAUUCAAGUCCUUUUGUCCGGUGAUUUAGCUGAAGCUUACCAAACCUCUACUUUGACUUUGGAAUCUACUAUUGCUGUCUACGGUACUGUUGAAAAGUUGCCAGAAGGUAAGACCGCUCCUCAAGGUGUUGAAUUGGUUGCCGACUAUUACGAAAUUGUCGGUCUUGCUCCAUCUGGGGAUGAAGCAUUUACCAACAAGGUUCAAGAAAACGCCGACCCAUCCUUAUUGUUGGAUCAAAGACACUUGACUUUGAGAGGUGAAACUUUGUCUUCUGUCAUGAAAGUUAGAGCUUCUUUGUUGAGAUCUAUUAGAAGAGUCUAUGAUGAAUUAUCAAUUACUGAAGUCACCCCACCAUGUAUGGUCCAAACUCAAGUCGAAGGUGGUUCUACUUUGUUUAGCUUGAACUACUACGGUCAAGACGCUUACUUGACCCAAUCUUCCCAAUUGUACUUGGAAACUUGUUUGCCAGCUUUGGGUGAUGUUUACUGUAUUCAAGAAUCCUUCAGAGCCGAAAAAUCCCACACUAGAAGACACUUGUCUGAAUACACACAUAUUGAAGCUGAAUUGUCUUUCUUGACUUUCGACGAUUUGUUGACUCACAUUGAAACCGUUAUUGUGAAAACAAUUCAAUAUGUUUUGGAAGACCCAAUUUCUGGCCCAUUGGUUAGACAAUUACACCCAGAAUUUGUUGCUCCAAAGUUGCCAUUCAGAAGAAUGGAAUACAUCCACGCCUUGGAAUGGUUGAACGAAAACGGCAUCAAGAACGAAGAUGGCGAGGAAUUCAAGUUUGGCGAUGAUAUUGCCGAAGCCGCUGAAAGAAAGAUGGUUGACACCUUGAAUGUCCCAAUCUUGUUGACUAGAUUCCCAGUUGAAAUCAAGUCCUUCUACAUGAAGAAGUGUGCUGAUGAUCCAAGAGUCACUGAAUCCGUCGAUGUUUUGAUGCCAACUGUCGGUGAAAUCACUGGUGGUUCUAUGAGAAUUGAAUCCUUGGACGAAUUGGUUGCUGGUUUCAAGAGAGAAGGUAUCAACCCAGAAGCUUACUAUUGGUUCAUCGACCAAAGAAAGUAUGGUACCUCUCCACACGGUGGUUAUGGUUUGGGUACCGAAAGAAUCUUGGCUUGGUUGUGUAAGAGAUUCACUGUUAGAGACUGUUCCUUGUACCCAAGAUUCACCGGUAGAUGUAGACCAUGA